GCAAAAGAAAGGUCAAGAAACUCUUAACAUACUUUCACAAGUAAUUCCAAAAUGCAAUACAAGAAAGUUAUUGUAAAAUUUUCUGCGAUAAGGUGAGCGAAGGAAGAGGGUAAAUUUCUAACCGGAAAUUAAACUUGGUCCACCGGGUUGAGAGAAGAACGAAGUAUAAUUUAUAGAGGAUAUGGAACAAGCAAGGAACAAAUAUGGCUUCCCCGAAAACCUCAUACGUCACGACCUACGCAUGCGUGAUGUGGAGCAGACCAUAAGAGGUCGGGAAUGAAAUUUUGUCACAUCAUUGGAGGAGUAGUUCUUGUUUGUCUGAAAGAACGCUAACAUAGAAGGAAAUUGACUGUAACCGCGAUACAAAUUUUACGCCAAAUUAAAUUGUUUUCUAUUUCAGUUAAAUAGAGGAAAUAAACAAACAAUAAAGAAUUUUGAGUUGUCGAUUGAACGAUAAAGCAUUUUAUUAGACGUUUAUUACUUAAUUGAUUGCGUUGUAGUCCUGUUCAUAAUGCGAUAUAGCUAUGGCAUUGAGAAUAUUGGCACGCGCUUAAGUCAUUAACGUCACAUGGAGCAUAGUUGACUUCCCCUCUCGAAACCUCCGUCCGAAUGACCGGACGUUUUUAAAUGUUGAGUUAACUCUUCACGGAACCGAUUCCUCGUUUUAUUCUUAUAUUGAUCAAUAAAUUUUCCUGAUGUCCUGUGGUUUCUAGCUCCAAACCGCGCCCUUAAGUCAGUUGUCGAAACAAAAAUUUCGCUCAAGCACUUACUUACUGCAGGUGGCUCAAUAUAUAUUUUUAGUGACGCAAUUUAUGCAGACACGCUCUGUUGAUAGAUAAUGUAUGCACUCUAACAUCAGCCUGGAAACGUGACUGAGUAAUUUUCGAUAGUUUGUAUCAAACAUUUUGCGGCCCUAAUGCGAAUGGUCGACGUUUCUUGCAAUAGCUAGGUAAAGGUUGAGUCUGCAUACGAGCCAAGUAGCCCAUUAGGCCGGAGCUUAUCCCGGGUUCUGUAGCAGUGAGACCAGAGUUCAAAUCUUCUGAAUUCAAAUCUUCUGAGAUAUAGAUAAUGCGAAAGGGUAAGUCUAUAUAACGUCACGAAAAACAAAUUGAUUAAUCCGGCGUCAAAUGUUUUGCGUGUUAAGUUUAUUGCUGCCCAGAUUUAUAACACUGAGUGAUUUUGUUUUUGUUUGUUCAAUACUACUAGCAGACGUAAGCAGUAAAAAGUCCUUGUUAUUCGCUAUUGCUUGUGUUACGGAUAGAAUGUAAAAAACACACUUGUUCAAACUUUUCUUAACGUCAACUUAAUGCUAUUACUAAUAAAAGCAAAAUAAACUUGGUGCAAACAAUUUCAAAAGGCUGCACGAGGCACAAUGAUUCGUAAACAUCCGAAAGAAAAUUUAAUUUUUAAGCCUGUGGCUAAACUUUGCGUUUUUGGAUUUAAUUUUUAAGGUGUAGGUCGACUGUCUAUGGAUAGGUAACAAUCAGAUACGUGAGAGGGUUUACGCGAAUCCUGUGAUAAAACUCUUGAAAACCACGUACCACGGAUUACGUAGUUUUUGAACUGUUUUAUUUUCAAUAUUGUAUAACUGAUCCUCGAACCCUUGUGUGAUGAGAAAACCACAACGCCUCCCACCAAACACGAGCUUUGUUCGCCGAGAUGUUUUGAUCAUUGUCUGGGUAAAAAAUACUUCCCAGGAAUACGCGCCCAUUCAUUGGCUGCAUGUUCGUGAAAAGCUUUUAUGCGACUCGGCGAAACAAAGCAGAUCAUACGAGUGAAUACCGCUUAAACGUGACGUAUUCGAAAGUUCAAUCAGAAAACAAUCUUCCAGUUCUCUCAUAAUGGAGGACUGUGUUUUUAACGACGAAGGAUUUGAUGAAAGUGUCACCGAGGAAGCAAAUUUUUUCGUCGCACCCGACCCUUACGAUUGCACCUUGCAGAUAAAGGUCCGAUGGGGUGAGGCGAACUCCGUUAAAAAGCUCUAUUCACCUUUCCUCGAAGGAAUGGAUCCUACUUUUCAAUUUAUUUCUAUCAACGAAAGUGACGAUGUGGAUUCCACUCUGGAUGAAUCAUGCAUUGACGAAGAUGAUGAAUCUCCGAUUCUGCAAUGUCAAGCAAUAAACGUUGUGCUUUUUCUUCACGAAACAUUUGGCCGUUUAUCCGCCAUAGAUGUUCAAAGAAAUUUCCAUUUUCCUCCGUGGAAAUUUCACCAUCGGGUGGAAUUGCCGUUGGAUACCAAGCCCCGGGUAACUGCCAGUCAGGACUUCUACGAGACAUUUCCUGGGUUUCCUUUGUGGUCCAUAUGCCCGGUUCAUUACGGCAACGAACAUUUGCGUUUUCAUAUUUUUACGAGAAACUUUCUUCAGAUGAGGACAUUUUACGAGAUUUUAACAGGGAAGAAGGCAAUCAGUGGCUCUCCUGGGUUUUGCUUCUUUACUUUAUAUUCUCAAAGUGGAUUUGACGUUCAACUUUCACUGAAACACUUACCGCAAAUUUGCCCCAAACCUUCGAAAUCUGCGAGGUUAAAGUUGAAAAUCAAGGACAUUAGCACAAUAAUACCUCAUUUGAAAGAACCCCCGGUUCAAACGGAGGGUACACUGUGGGUCGCCAGUGACCCUGAUGGUAAUGAACUCUUGAUCGAGGAGACCGCACCCAGCCAAGGAAGGCGUAAGACAGGAAGACUACUGUCCAAUAGUAGUCUGGAGACUUCUGACUACGAGACUGCGUCCAUCGACACCGAAAGUUUGGCGGGAAGUAUGAACUACUCACCGCAAGGAACUCUCAGUUCGAGCUUUUCAAAACGUUUAACGUUGUUAUGAAUUAAAGAAGAUCUAAUGAUUAAUGAUGAGUCUACGAAGCUCGGAAGGUUCCCAGACCCGAGUUACAAAGUUAAUCAUAAUUAACAGAUAGCAAGUUCAGUGGCGGAUCUAGAUAUGCCUCCUAACUCUCUCCCUUUCCAAAGCGAGAAAGCUCACUGUCUCCUCUUCUCUCCCCUAUGUUUAUCUCAGCUUACGCUUUGUGUAGUUUGAAAUUAUUCAGACUUAAAACUGAGGGACGAACAAUGUAAAUAGAGAACCUCACCGAAAAGUUGCAAAAUUGAAAUCAAAAUUUUCGCUUACACUGGGUUAGAUUAACCGGACUUUGAACAACUCGGCUCAGCUUUACAUAAAAGAAAACAGAGAAAAUAAUGAGAUCUUUUUUUGCUCUGGGAGUACAAUUUCUUGGUGUGACGAAAUAUGAGUCUCAGAGAGAUUACAGAGAACUUUUUCUUAUAUGUAGUAGAACCAAUAAUUUAAGAUAUUAAAUAUACUCGACGCGUUUACAGUUGAACAAGGAUAAAUAUUUCGGUACAUAGUGUGUGGAAACACCUAGAUAUGAUUUGAGUAUAAUAUUUCUAUUCAUUUUGAUUUUAAUACGUUAUUUAUUACACCGAUUACUGAUAUAUGUAAAUUAGAGUAUUUUAUUAAAGAAAAGAGCAUUUUAUUCCUAUAAAUGUGAAUCUUUGAGAACGGUAGUUCAAGCCGAGAUUCUGAUAGAAGCAGGUGGAAUGGCCAAUUCCCCCCAUGAGGUGUGCCUGCAGGGAAUCAUGGUAGUUGCAUUCAGCAAAAGAAAUAUCCAGUCUAAGGUGAUGAAUACAAAUACCAUGAUUCCUUGCAGGCACAUCUCAUAGAGGUAAUUGCCCAUUGAUGUCCCAUCAAUGGGCCAUUGAUGGGACAUCACCCCCUAUCAUGGGGGGUGGUGGGGGGUGGUUGGGAAGGAAAUAGUGAAAACGUAAUGAAUGGACGCAAACAAGGUAGUGAUGAAGGGCCGAUCUGAAAGUUCUGCAGAGCGGCCUAACGUGCGAUCGUCGGAAAUCACUUUGUGUUUUUGUUGUAAUGUAAACCAUGUUGACCAAACGUCAUAAUCUUACCAUCCUCGUGUUGUUACCUUUGCUUGUCUUAUGUCAUUGAUAAAUGGGCUUGAAAAAAUUCCUUUUUCAAAACAACACUUUAUUAUUGGCUCUUUGUUACCAUACUCGCCGGACAGAAAAGCAGUGCUCUCGACUUAGUCGAGGGAAGUUGUUUAACAUGAUGCAUACCUUAUUAGUAAUGAUUACCUUGCAGCGUAUUACAUACGUUUUUUGGUUUUGGUUCUCGAUGGUCUUCCAAUCCUCGUCCAAAUGCCAUGCAAGUAUGCAUGCUUUGGCUUUGAACGUGCAUUUUGCAAAGAAUUAUAU